GCAAUGGCAGUGAACAUGGAAUCCAAGGCCAGCCACCCGACAAAUAGGAAUUUCUGCUUACUCGGUUAUGUUCUCUGAUUUACCGAGCGAUUUCGGGGCGCCCAUCCCCGCUCCUUCCCCACUCCUAUAGUCUCGAAAACGUACGUCGACAUCGCUUUACCCCACGAUGUACCUCUCGCGCGGGGGCCCAGAAUGUGACAAAUGGCAAUAUCCCCAUGGUUCGGUGUAAUAUUGGGUAGAACAGCACUUCUCGGAAAACGUCUACCCCUGACUAUACGAUCUGCAUCUUCACGGACGCGUGUAACACCAAACUAAUAUACAUACAAUCGACCUCACUCAGGAAAUUUAUCAACUACGCAUAUACCCCAUCAUCAAAAUAUCCCCAGGAAAGCAAAAUGGCCCGCCCCGAUCUCUCAAACAACCGCUCCAUGGCGAUCCUUAAUGCCGCGCGCGCAGGUGGGUACGCCGUCCCGGGGAUGUGCUGCUACAACAUCGAAUCGAUAAUUUCCACGAUCCGAGCGGCUGAAUCAGUCCGCUCCCCCGCCAUGGUCCUCCUCUUCCCGUGGGCCAUCGAAUACGCAGGUUCCUCACUCGUGCUCGCAGCCGCCAACACCGCGCACACGGCCUCGGUCCCCGUGUCGCUACACCUAGACCACGCGCAGACGCCCGAGCUCGUCCGUCGCGCGGCUGAUAUCCCGGAUGGAUUCGACAGCAUUAUGUGCGAUAUGUCGCAUUACGAGAAAGAGGAGAAUCUCAAGUUGACGAGGGAGUUGGUGGAGUAUUGUCACGCGCGGGGUAUUGCGGCGGAAGCGGAGCCGGGACGGAUCGAGGGUGGGGAGGACGGGGUAGCGGAGACGGCCGAUUUGGAGGGUCUGCUUACGACGCCCGAGGAGGCGGAGGAGUUUGUGGAUACGGGGAUCGAGAUGCUGGCCCCAGCGUUUGGGAACGUGCAUGGGGAGUAUGGGCCUCGGGGAAUAAUACUUGAGUAUGAGCGAUUGGAGGCGAUUAAUGAGAGGGUUGGGGAUCGGGCUAGGUUGGUGUUGCAUGGGGCGGAUCCGUUUGAUGAGGAGAUUUUUAGGAGGUGUAUUCGUGGUGGAGUGAGUAAGGUCAAUAUUAAUAAGGGGAUGAACAAACAUUAUGCGAGGGUGCAGGCGGAGAUGCAGGGGAGGCCGUUGACGAGUGUUAUUGAGGCUGGGACGGAGGCAAUGCAGACGGCGAUCGAGGAGUAUAUGCGUCAGUUGGGGAGUGCUGGAAAGGCGUAGAGGUGGUGGUUGCGCCAUUGAACCAGUCAUAGUAUACAAGCCAUCUCACCUGAUGGAGAGGAUAUAGACGUUUAAGAUCACAUGCUGGUAUUACAAAGUCC